CGAUGGGGGCGCGGGGGAGCGGGAGCCCAGCGGCGGGCGGGGCGGGGAGCUGCGGGGCGGGGCGGGGUGCGGGGCGGGGCUCCCCGCCGUCCCCCGCUCCAGCAUCUCCGCGGUGCAACUUCCGGAUGUAAGAGCGGCGCCUGCCAGCCGGCAGCGGAGGGAGCGAGCAGAGCAGAGGCCGGGCCCCCGCACCCCGCGCCUCCCGCGCGCCCCGCGCCCCGCGCCCCCCGCGCGCUCUUGGUCGGUCUCAGGCUGGUCCGAUUCCCCCCGGACCCCAGGGAGGGGGCCUCUGGUGACCCUCUCCGCCCGCUCUCACCCUCCCUGCAGGCAUGCGUCCCUCGCCGUGACCCCCCGCGGGGGGAGGGGGCUGGGGGUCCAUGCUCGGAGACCCCCGGCUGCCCGGCGCCUGCCGCUGACGGCGGUGGGGGUGGGGGGCCGGGCCCCCAGCCUCCUGCCCCACCCCCCUGGCGUCGGCACCGCGGGCCCUGGGGGGCCACUGCCCCCGGCUGCGCGCUCCCCGCGGGCCGGGCCCAGGACGGACCCCGGAGCUGCGGCCGGCAUCAGCCCAUGGCCCGGAGGUAUGAUGAACUGCCUCAAUACCCAGGCAUCGUGGACAGCACCUCAGCCCUGGCCAGUUUCUCGGAGGCAGCGCUCUCGGCACCCAGGGGCCCCGGCCCCUACGGCCCCCGCCGGCCGCCCCAAGCCUCCAGCUUGGACAGUGACAGCUUGAAGAGGGAGAAAGAUGAGAUUUAUGGACACCCCCUCUUCCCGCUGCUGGCCCUGGUCUUUGAGAAGUGUGAACUGGCCACGUGCUCACCCCGUGAUGGGGCCAGCGCUGGGCUGGGCACACCUCUGGGCAGCGACGUCUGUUCCUCUGACUCCUUCAAUGAGGACAUUGCAGCCUUUGCCAAGCAGGUCCGCUCUGAGAGACCCCUCUUCUCCUCCAACCCGGAGCUGGACAAUCUGAUGAUCCAGGCCAUCCAGGUACUCCGGUUCCACCUGCUGGAGCUGGAGAAGGUCCACGACCUGUGCGACAACUUCUGUCACCGCUACAUCACCUGCCUCAAGGGGAAGAUGCCCAUCGACCUGGCCAUCGAGGACCGGGACAUCGGCGGCUGCAGGGAGGACCUGGAGGAGUACCCGGCCCCCUGCCCCAGCCUCCCAGAGCAGAAUAACACAUGGAUCAGAGACCAGGAAGACAGCGGGUCUGCACAUUUGGGGACCCCGGGCCCCUCCAGCGGGGGCCUGGCUUCUCAAAGUGGGGACAAUUCCAGUGACCAAGGAGAUGGGCUGGAUGCCAGUGUGGCCUCCCCCAGUUCUGGAGGCGAGGAUGAGGACGCAGACCAGGAGCGGCGGCGGAACAAGAAAAGGGGGAUCUUUCCCAAGGUGGCCACCAAUAUCAUGAGGGCGUGGCUAUUCCAGCAUCUUUCGCACCCGUACCCAUCGGAGGAGCAGAAGAAGCAGCUGGCCCAGGACACGGGACUCACCAUCCUGCAAGUGAACAACUGGUUCAUCAACGCCCGGAGACGCAUCGUGCAACCCAUGAUCGAUCAGUCCAACCGUACAGGGCAGGGUGCCGGCUUCAGCCCCGAGGGCCAGCCCAUCGGGGGCUACACGGAGACUCAGCCCCACGUGCCGGUCAGGCAGCCUGGAUCCAUGGGGAUGAGUCUGAACUUGGAAGGGGAGUGGCAUUAUCUGUAA